GUCUCCAAAUUUCCAUCCACGUGUAGUAUGCAUUUAUUCCUCUCGAAAUAGUCAUCAAACUUAAAACCAAACACUUCUUCUUUUAAAUCUCUUAUCUCUCACCUUAUACUUAUAUUAUAUCGCAUUCACUUUACAAUCUCAUACACAUCACCGUUCACACCAAAGAAAUCCAUAAUGGAAGGAAUAGAACACAGAACAGUUGAAGUCAAUGGCAUCAAAAUGCAUAUCGCUGAGAAAGGCAAACAAGGACCGGUUGUAUUGUUCCUUCACGGCUUCCCUGAACUCUGGUACUCAUGGCGCCACCAGAUUGCUGCUCUCGGCUCACUCGGUUACCGCGCGGUGGCUCCGGAUCUACGUGGCUACGGUGACACCGAUGCUCCAGCUUCAGUAAGCAGCUACACGAUCUUCCAUUUGGUUGGUGACAUUGUUGCUCUUAUUGAUUCACUCGGUGUUGAACAAGUGUUUCUUGUGGCUCAUGAUUGGGGUGCUAUCAUUGGUUGGAAUCUCUGUUUGUUUCGACCUGAAAGAGUGAAAGCUUAUGUGUGUCUCAGUGUUCCUUAUUUACCAAGAAACCCCAAAAUCAAACCUGUUGAUGGCAUGCGAGCUUUGUUUGGUGAUGAUUAUUAUAUCUGUAGAUUCCAGGAACAAGGGAAAGCAGAAGCUGAGUUUGCAAAAGGUAGCUCAGAACUGGUUAUCAAGGCCAUGCUUACAGGUCGGAGUGCUAAACCACUAAUCCUACCCAAAGAAGGCUUGUUGGCUUUUGCAGAAGCUUCAAGUACAAAGCCCCUCCCAUCUUGGCUCUCACAAGAAGAUAUCAAUUACUACGCUUCUAAAUUUGAAAAGUCUGGAUUCACUGGUGGACUUAACUACUAUAGAAAUCUCAACUCAAACUGGGAGCUGACAGCAGCAUGGGCUGGAGCACAAAUUAAGGUACCAGUGAAGUUCAUCACAGGUGAUUUGGAUUUAGUAUACACUACUUUUGGUUCGAAGCAAUACAUCGAGAGUGGUAAAUUCAAGAAAGAUGUACCAAAUUUGGAGGAAGUAGUUAUACAGAAAGGUGUGGCUCACUUCAACAACCAAGAAGCUGCUGAGGAAAUCAGCAAUCACAUUCUCGAAUUCAUCAAGAAAUACUAGUUCUGAAUUCUGAUCCUAUCAACUCAACUAAGUAGAAGCUUUGUCUAUAUCAUCUUCUAGUUAAUAUCUUAGCUGAAGUUUAUGCUACUUUUAUACUCGAGAUUAUGCUAUUGUGAAAACUAUUUUUCUAUUGAACUGGAGAUUUCUGUUAUGUUUUCCUUUCAAAAAUUUGGAACAUUUGUGUUUUGCCUUAACUUUUAAAGCCAACGGGGAGAAGUUAGGUUCUAGGUUCAAAUAAUGUAUUUACUGAGGAGUUAAGACUGAUGUUAAGGGUCAUAUUUAUUUGACAUGCAUACUAGAGAAAUUUUU